AUGUCAGCCUCUACCGAAAAGAAAAAGCCCGCCUUCGUCCUCGUGCCCGGUGGCUCUCAGAACCCGGCACAAUAUGGCUACCUUCUCCAUCUCAUCCAGUCGGCUGGCUACGCAGCUUCUACCGGCAUACUCCCCAGCAUUGGUGCUCAAGAAGCCGUGACCGCUCAAGAUGAUGCUGAUUACGUCCGUAAUAGGCUACUAUUGCCUAUGCUGGAUGUUGGCAAUCACGAUGUGAUUAUAAUCAGUCAUUCAUACAGUGGUAUGCCCGCGAGCGCAGCUGCUCGAGGCCUUGGUCCGGCUGACCGAGCCGCUGAGGGUAAAAGUACCUCAGUUCUAGGGCAAAUCUUUCUUGCAUCCAUUCUGCCUAAAGGCGGAGAUGGUUUGAGUGUCAUUGAUGGAUUUGGGGGCCAUAUACCUCCUCAUAUGUACAUCGAUGAGAAGGAAAAUCUUCUUAAAUGCGACGAUCCAACACCCCAUCUCUUCUACGACCUGGAGCCUAUACUUGCCGAGGCUGUAACCAAAGGCUCCCUUAGUCAGGGUUUGACUUCAUUUUCAAGCCCCUGCCCCGAGGCCAGCUGGCACACUGAUGCUUUCCGUGGCCGCGUCGCCUAUAUAUAUACGCUUAAUGAUCAUGCUGUUCCCUACGAGGCGCAGGUUGCUAUGGUUCAGGCUACUGGAGUAGAGUGGAUCACCCGCGAGAUAGCUAGUGGUCAUAGCGCGCAGCUAUCCAACCCCGAGGACCUAACCAAAAUUAUUUUGGAGUUGGGGCAGCAGUGGGAAUAG